AUGCCAGCCGCAGCUAUCAUGAACUUUCUUACACCGACAAACCACCAACAACUCCCCCCGCCAAACAAACCAGCAGCAAAUCCUGACGCCGCAGUCUGGGAAUCAGCAAUCCUCGCACUACGCCGACAAAGCAGCAUUCCACUCUUGGACAAAAAGGUGCAAACAUGGCGCGACGGGUUUGAAGAGGCAGAGUACCGGGACGUCCACCAUCUCGUCCAGGAGCACCGCUUACCACGGGACGCAACACGGCAAAUCCAAAGCUGGCUACGGGAGGCCCGUACGUUGGAGACCGAGGCAAAGAAUUGCGGACAUAAACCUACAAGGAUCUUGUACGCUGGUAUUGUGCAGGACUGCGAGGCGGAACUGCAUUGUCUUCGGAACCAGUUCGUCAUCAAGACGUUUCGGUUUGAGCGUAUUCCGCAUAACCUUGCGAAAUUACGGCGAUGGAUUGGUCGUAGCGAGGAGAAUCCAGCAACAAGUACCACGGGAGUUUCUCUAAAUACUGCCACGAUUGAAAACAAACCGUUAGGAAGGACCAUAUCGCUUCCAUCCCUCGGCAAACCGCGACCGCUCAGCCUUGAGCUCGUAAGGGGAGCCAUGGAAAUACCAGACGAGAUCGACGGCCCGGGCGCAAUGAACGACGAGAACGAAGAACAAGAAGAGGAGAAAACAAAGAAGACGGAAGAUUACACCUGCUCUGACCAAGAGUGGGCUCAUUGUCUGGAAGACUGGAGUCGACGCCAAGAAGACUGGGCUCAACAACAGGAAGACUGGGCUCGCCGCGAGGAGGAGCAGGAGAGCCAGCGGCUGCAGCUGGCGAUGAGAUACAAGUACCCGGUCAACAUGCGCAGAGCCAAAACACAGUACUUGCGGGCCAUGGAGAGGCAGGAGUGGGAGCAGGAGAAGGGGGUGUGCGACUUUGCUGGUCAUGAUCGUUUCUCGUGGGCCUCGGUGUAG